UGGACCAUAAUCAUCACAUCAAACCCAAGAUGGGGCCACAGUGGGCAAGAGGAAAAUGUGUGUGGAAGCCACCAAAGGAGCAUCACUCUCUCUGUUACCACUUUGAGAGAGAGACAUAGAAACACCUCUCUCUGCUUCAAACUUCACAAAAAUGGCUGUCACAAUUUCAUUAUCCCAUUUUACCCUUCCUACAUUCCUCUAUUUUCUUCUUUUAUCCACUUCCCACUUACCCAUUUUCGCCAUUAACAUCACCAAUCUAUUAUCUUCUUAUCCUGAAAUCUCCGACUUCGCUAAUCUUCUCGCCACUACUUCUGUCGCCGCCGAUCUAACCCAACGCUCUUAUCUUACUCUCCUUGUCGUCCCCAACACCUUCCUCCGGUCAUCCGAUCUCUUGAAUAACCGCUCUCCGCCCUCCUCCUCCUCCUCCUCCUCUAAUCUCGGUGAUGUCCUCCGUUACCAUGUUCUUCUUGAGUACUUUUCGUGGUCGGACCUUCGACUUAUACCACCCACCGGAAAACUCGUUACCACUCUGUUUCAAACUACCGGCCGUGCCCCUAAUAAUUUUGGGUCUGUUAACAUUACCCGUAAUGUUAAUUCGAAUUCCGUCACAAUUCAUUCACCUACAACGAACGCUACAAUUUUGGGGCUUUUGAAAACCCUUCCUUAUAAUAUCUCUGUUUUUAAGGUCGAUUCUCUUUUGGUUCCAAAUGGGUUUGAUCUUAUGGCUUCUGAAACUCGACCCCCUUUGGGUCUCAAUAUUACGAAGACGCUUAUUGAUGCUCACAAUUUCAAUGUUGCAGCUUCAAUGCUUACUGCUUCUGGGGUAGAAGAGGAAUUCGAGAGAGAUGAAGGGGGUGCUGGAUUAACGCUUUUUGUGCCAACAGAUGAAGCAUUUUCCGAUAUGUCAUCGUCGAUGAAAUUUCAAUCGUUGCCGGCGGAGAAGAAAGCUGUUGUAUUAAGGUUCCAUGUUUUGCAUUCGUAUUACCCUUUAGGUUCAUUAGAAUCUAUUGUUAAUCCAGUUCAACCAACAUUAGCUACAGAGCAAAAUGGUGCAGGGAGUUUUACACUGAACAUUUCUAGAGUUAAUGGGUCUGUCGGAAUUAACACCGGAAUUGUUCAAGCGUCGGUAACUCAAACGGUGUUUGAUCAGAAUCCGGUAGCGAUAUUUGGGGUAUCGAAAGUAUUGUUGCCUCAAGAGUUCUUUGGGAAGAACCCAAUUGGUAGUGGUAGUGGUGGUGGAGAAUCUGUGGUAGCUUCACCGCCGGAGAUAUCUCUAUCGCCGGUAAAUUCGCCGGAAAUAUUCAGCCCACCAAGCCACUUAUCAUCGCCGCCGAUUUUAGGGAAAGAAGUAUCAUCGGCGGCGAACAGAAAAAAAGGAAUCUUUUUAUGGUGCAUAGGGUUCUUCUACCUACUAGCCAUUAAUUAGUUCUGAAAUUAUAAUUUAUUUAAAUUUUUUCUGCUGCUAUUAUUUCACCCUUUUUUACACGGCAAAUUUAAUUUCUGUAUCUGUGGAAUUGGUUAGGCAGUACCAAUUUUUAUUUUUAUUUUAUUUUUCUAGAUUAUCCAAUUCUGCUAUUGUAAUUUGUAAAGCUCCAAUUUUAAAUUUUUUCACUACAUUGAAUCGAUGAGUUUAUUUACUAUAAU